AAAAAUAAUAAAUGAAAGAUUUGGAAUGAUGCUAUAUAAAUCAAUGAUACUUAGUAAUUCAAUAAGGAAUAAACGUCGUGAAGAGCAAAAUGACUCUAGAAGCUUUAUCAGCAAACGGUCUCUUAAACUUUUUGCUCUCCGAAACUCUUUCACCAACUCCAUUCAAGUCUCUCGUCGAUCUCGAGCCAUUGCCGGAAAAUGAUGUCAUCAUAUCCACGAAGACAAUUCCGGAGAUACCUCAUCAAGAACCGCCACCACCGCGACAACCACCAGCGACCAAUCGAGGGAAGAAGCGGAGGAGAAGGAAGCCUAGGGUUUGCAAAAACGAAGAAGAAGCUGAGAAUCAACGAAUGACACACAUUGCCGUCGAAAGAAACCGAAGAAGACAAAUGAAUCAACAUCUCUCUGUCUUGCGAUCUCUCAUGCCUCAACCUUUUGCUCACAAGGGUGAUCAAGCUUCAAUAGUUGGUGGAGCCAUAGAUUUCAUCAAAGAACUUGAACACAAAUUACUAUCUCUUGAAGCUCAAAAGCUUCAUAAUGCUAAAUCAAACCAGUCGGUUACUUCUUCAACAAGUCAAGACUCAAAUGGUGAACAAGAGAACCCUCAUCAACCGUCUUCACUAUCUCUAUCGCAGUUCUUUCUUCAUUCCUACGAUCCCGGCCAGGAAAAUAGAAACGGCUCAACAAGCUCGGUGAAAACCCCUAUGGAAGAUCUUGAGGUCACUCUAAUCGAAACUCAUGCUAACAUCAGAAUCUUGUCGAGAAGAAGAGGUUUCCGGUGGAGCACGAUGGCUACCGCGAGGCCACCACAACUUUCGAAGCUGGUGUCUGCUCUGCAAUCGCUUUCGCUCUCUAUUCUUCACCUUAGUGUCACAACAUUGGACACUUACGUUAUUUACUCCAUCAGCGCCAAGGUGGAAGAGAGUUGCCAGCUAAGUUCAGUAGAUGACAUUGCAGGAGCAGUUCACCACAUGCUAAGUAUCAUUGAAGAGGAGCCUUUUUGUUGUUCACCAAUGUCAGAAUUACCAUUUGACUUCUCUUUGAAUCACUCAAAUGCCACUCAUUCUCUCUGAGGAAUCUCUUUUUUUGUUGUUGUUGUUCCUUCUUUUAGUUUUAUCACAUAACACAUCUUUAAUCUUUUUUUUUCUUUCAGAAUAAAGAAAGGUAUAAGCUUUCUUUUUAAUUCCUAGGUUCUUUUUUCUGACUAUGUAAAGACUAAAUGUGAAUUUACAAUGACACAUAACAUAUUAGUUGUUUUAGUCUUCUUUU